AAAAUCGUCAUACUGGAGAAACCAACAUGAACGAAAGAAGCUCCCGCUCUCAUACAAUCUUCAGGAUGAUCAUAGAAAGCAGAAUGAGAGUUGACGAGGACGUUGAUGAAGCAGUCAAUGUUUCACAGUUGAAUUUGGUUGAUCUUGCUGGUUCAGAACGAGCAGGCCAAACAGGAGCUACUGGAGACAGAUUUCGCGAAGGCAUACACAUUAAUAAAUCUUUACUGAUGUUAGGACACGUAAUUAGUCGACUCAGUGAAGGCUCUGAAGGUCAGUUUGUCAAUUAUCGAGAUUCCAAGUUAACGAGAAUCCUUCAGAACUCCCUCGGAGGUAAUGCCCGAACUGCUAUUAUUUGUACAGUUACUCCUGCCUCUGUUGAACAAACCCACUCAACAUUGAAAUUUGCAAGCAGAGCAAAAUGUAUCAAGAAUAAGCCAGUUGUGAAUGAAGUGAUGACAGAUGCUGCCAUACUAAAACGGUAUGCUAAGCUGAUGCAAAAAAUGACCAGAGAGCUAGAGGAUGCUAAGCAGUAUAAUCGUGUAUACGAGGUGGAGGCCAUGGAGAAACAGCUCGAAGAAAAGGAUAGACAGAUGAGAGAGCUGGAAAUAAAAAUAAAACAGUUGAAAGAAAAGUUUGUGGUUUCCAGCCACGCCUCUCAAGGCCCAUCAAAGGGUCAUUCUACGUAUGGGUUUGUUAUGUUGACCUAUAUUGUUGCAUGUUUAAUUUCCAGCGUCAUGCUACGUAUGGGUUUGUUAUCUUGA